CCUCCCUUGCACUUUCGGUCCGGCUCGAGGGCGCCCGCCCCGACUCCCGGGCGUCCUUCCGUCGUCCCCUGACCCGCUGCCGAGCGCCGGUGCGACUCGCGCCCGCCGACCAUGCCCGCGGGCGUGUCGUGGACGUCCUACCUGAAAAUGUUCACCGCCAGCAUCCUGGCCAUGUGCGCAGGCGCCCAGGUGGUGCACAGGUACUACCGGCCGGACCUGACAAUACCCGAAAUUCCACCAAAGCCUGGAGAACUCAAAACAGAGCUUUUGGGACUAAAAGAGAGACAACAUGAACCUCAAAAUCCAGCUCUGUCAAGAACUCUGUGAAUAAUAUUAUGAGAAUUAAAUGUGUAUUUUUAGAAUUUACUGAGGCAAACUACUUGUAUUUAAGCACCUAAUGCCAGCUGCAAGAGGAAGUGCUCAGUAGAUGUUAACUGAUGCAUUGAGAUUAGUUAUGGUUUGACCACUGUUUUUUGAAAACUGCCAAAGCUUAUAUGAUCAGCUUCUCUAAUGUGGUUUGAUAGAUACCUAGUCUUUUUUUUUUUUUGGCACACGGGCUUAGUUGCUCCGUGGCAUGUGGGAUCUUCCUGGAGCUGGGAUCGAACCCAUGACCUCUGCAUUGUCAGGCGGAUUCUUAACCACUGUGCCACCUAGGGAGUCCCAGAUACCUAGUCUUAAAUAUCAUGUGAGAGAGCGUAUUUGCAGUGUCUCCUGCCCUUAUAAUUCUGGUUUAUUUCUCUGAAUAAGCUUGACUCUAAUGGCAGAUGGGAAUUAUAAAUUAACUAUAAUAAAUGUGACUUUGACCAGGAAUGUUUAGGGUGAGAAGUUAAUAUUUCUCUAAAUAUUGGAAAGUACUAUUUGUACUAAGCUGAAUUCAGUUGAAAUAUUUAAAAUUUGAAAUUCUUUUAGAAUUGUGUACAUAACAAAAUUAUAACAAUUGUGACUUGGACAGUCAUGAGUUCUCUACCCCCAAAUUUGAGAAACCAGUUGGCAUUUCAUUUCUCUUAUAAAAGAUAUUUUAAAAUAACUGAUAAACUUAAGUGAGUAUUGUUAUGGGUUGAAUUGUAUCCCUCCCGACAAAGAUGCUAAAGUCCUAACUCCCAGUACCUGUGAGUGUGUAUUUGGAAAUAGAGUCUUUGCAAAUGUAACCAAGUAAAGUUGAGGUCAUCAGGGUGGGCCUUAAUCCAGUGUGAGUAGUGUCUUUUUUAAAAAAUUAAUUAAUUAAUUAAUUUACUUUGUUUAUUGGGUGCAUUGGGUCUUCCUUGCUGCACAUGGGGUUUCUCUAGUUGUGGCAAGCGGGGGCUACUCUUCAUUGUGGUGCGUGGGCUCUUCAUUGCGGUGACUUCUCUCAUGGUGCACGGGCUCUAGGUGCGUGUGCUCAACAGUUGUGGCACAUGGGCUUAGUUGCUUCACGGCAUGUGGGAUCUUCCCGGAACAGGGCUCAAACGCAGGUCCCCUGCGUUGGCAGGCGGAUCCUUAACCACUGCACCACCUAGGAAGUCCGAGUAGUGUCUUUUUUAAGAAGAGGAAAACGCCGUGUAAAGACACACACAGGGAAGAUGCCAGGUGACAACAGAGGCAAAGAUUGGAGUGACGCAGCCACAAGCCAGUGGACAUCACCGGAAGCUAGCAAGAUGCAGGGAAAAAUUCUACCCAGAGUCUCUAAGCAUGGCCUUGCUGACACCUGGAUUUCAGACUUUUGGCCUCUAGAACUGUGAGAGAAUACAUUUCUGUUGUUUUAAGCCAUCCACUUAGUGAUAUUUUGUUAUGGUGGCCCUGGAAAGCUAUUACCAAUGUGUUAGCCCUUUUCUGAGUCUGUAAAAGCAGAACGAAAGUAAUUUAUAGAGCCGUCAGCUUUGUGUUCAGGGCUGUUUUUCCAAAAGAAGUUUUUCAGAAUUCUGCAUCCUUAAUGAUUAAUGUCUAAGCUUAUUACUUCUUAGCCAGUUACCAGAUUGCUAUAUGAUACACAUCUUUGGGGUCAAUGUUAAAAUGUUAAAUUCCUGAAUGCAAACAAAAUGCUUUUAUUUCACUCUCCAUAGUCAGUGCCCUUUUCAGUUUAACAGUAUAAAGCAACUAAAUGAAAUGUUUAUUUCCAGACUCAUAUAUGAGAGUUUUCUUUUCCACUGCGUGUCAUUUGCUUACCCUGUCACAUGGUCUCGGCACAAAGGGGGUCUUCAACUCUGUCAGUGACAGAUGAGCAGUACCCUACCCUAAAAAAAGGCCUGGGAUUCUGAGCUAGAAGGUGGAGUUUUUAGUUGAGACGGAUUGCUGAUGCUGUAUAGACUGUGACCUUGUGCAUGAGACUUCCCUCCUCUGUAUCAAAAUUCAUAGCUGUCAUUAACUGAAUCCUUUUUUUCUUGAAAAAAAUUGUCUACCUUACAAUUGGUGAAGCUUGCCACAGCCGCCAUGGCAAGGGCUUUAUAUCAAACUGGAUGAGGUUUGACUUUUUUUUUUAAGUUAAAGGAAUUUAAAAAUGUUUUCCUAAAUGCUCAUUCAGUAAUUCUAGUUUAGGUGCCUAACUCUAACUGCCUCAAGUUGUUGGAAUUCCCAAAGGCUUCAGGAAGGAUACUUGAUUUAGUAUACAUCAAUAAUACAAUAAUUUUUAAACUCUGAACUAGUUUCAUCAAUUGAAUUUGGUAGGUGGAGUUUUUCUUAUUGCUAAACUAACAUUUUCAAAUUCUAGUUUGCCACUGACUUUAGUGUAUAAACACCGAACUGGUGAGCUUUGAUACGGAUUUUGUAGAUACCAGUGGGGAACCCUGUAUUACUUUCCAGAAGGAAGGCCUGGGGCCCUGCUCAAGCUUUGCUGGAAGAAAGGACCUGCCCCUUGGGGCCACUUUGUGCAAAGCGGGGGACACUCAUGCUAUGGAUAAAUACAGUGAAUGCAUACUUUAAAAGCACCCCCAUACUCUUACAAGUACAGAGUGGUCUGGCUAUUGAGGAAAAGAGUCAUGAUUUGAACCCAAAUCUUCUGUAAGACAAUGGCUUCAUGAAGGUGAAAAAUUAAUUUUAUAGCUAUUAAAAUGUACCAAAAGUGAAAGUGCCAUCAUUUCAGUAAGUGCUGAUUCUAAGUAACUUUAACCAAGAUGUAAAUUAUAUAUUUCUUUUCCUUUUUUUUAAAGUUGACCCUCAUUGUGAAAAGUAAACAUUGUGGUGGGUAUAGAAACGUGGCCUCCAGAUUCCCAAGGAAAGACUUUCAAUCGCCAGCUCCUGGCCUCAGCUAGCGUGGCCUGGCUCAAAGCUGCACCGCAUAGAGGGGUCUUGGUUCAGCUCACUUCCCCACCGGGUCGACGGAGGCCAUUUUUGAACCUGCGUUGCCGCUCAACUUCUCCCUCUGCUCAACCUCCUUCCCUUUCCUUCCAUAGGUGCUGACCAAAGGACACUCCUUAUAAACAUCCUGUACACUAAACUCCAUCUCAGCACUUUCUGGAGAACCACAUCUGUGACAAAAGCCGAGUAUUGAAAGUAGUACCGAAUUAGUCCUUAAUAAAGCUGUGGGGGGAAAAAAAAGAGUCCACCAUAGACCAAUUGCAACCUGUUGGAUAAUUAGACCAGCUAAACAGUUAUGGUGCAGGGUAUACAUGACAUAUCUGCAUAGCUAUUUUUUUCAACCAAAACCUCAGGGAGUAUGAUGCUUUUUAUGCUUCCUGAUGGAAACAGUGGAAAUUUAGAACUUAUAAUUGGAAGAUUCUGAGGAGCAAAAGUUUCAGAUGUCACAAAGUUAAUGCGACCUAAUGGCUUUAGUUUCUGUCAUAACAAUCUUCACUGAAAGUAGUUAUAGUGGCCAAAAAAUAAGAAACAAAUAUAUAACUAAUAGCUAACGUAACACUGUAUAAAGGAAGCUUUACCUUAAGGAUAGCAUGUUUCUCUAUAACUGAACUCCCAUUUUCUUAUCAGGAAAAAGCAGCAGGGCAGAUUUUUAAAAAGAUGAUUGUAGGGUUAUCUAGUAAUUUCAAAGUGAUUAUUACAAACUAAAAAAAGAGCUUGGUGGGGAGGGGUAGGAAGCAUAUAAUGAAUAGAGUUACAAGCAGCCCAGAAAGGGUCCUAGAUUAUCAGGAAAAUUGUGACGUGCCUAACAACUGUAUUAUUGUGCAUAAAAAUAGGUUCCACAGAAUCUUCUCACACACCAUGAUCUUUGAAUAUGCAAAUGAGUAACAUUUUUUCUCCCUGGCCAGUUAAAAAAUAAAAAUACACUAUUUUAGAUGGCUGUAUGACUAGUGAAAUUAGAGGAACGCUUUCUCCCAUAACACAUUUGAAAAAUUAAACAGCUCAAUGAGAAUCUUCAUUCAGUAUCUAUACUUGUGGUAGGAUUAUAGGUGAUUUUUAAAAGAUAGCCUUUUAAUUUUAGAAUAAAUUUACUUACAGGAAAACUGCAAGAUAGCAUAGUUCCCCAUCCCUCUCUCAGUUUCCAUGAAUGCCCUCAUCUUAUGUGACCAUGGUACAUAUCACACAGGCCAGAGCUAAGGAACCAAUGAACCGAGUCCCAGACUCUGGAUUUCACCAGCUGUCACUUCAGGCUACUGCAAUGCAUUUAGUUGCCAUGCCUCCUUAGUCUCCUCCAGUCUCUAUUUCUUUCCUUGGUUUUGACCUUAAAAAAUUUUGACGAGUACUGUUCACAUAUUCUAGGUUAGGUUAAAGUUAUGAGUUUUUGGAAAGAAUACCAGAGGUGAGGUGCUCAGGUUACUGUUUUCUCCUCUCCAAACUCUAGAAGACAGUAAACCCAGUCCACAUUCAAAAAAGAAAGGAGGAAAAAAAAAAAAACAAAAAACAGAGGAUUAAGCUCCAUUUCCUAGAAGGGGGAGCUUCUACAUGCAUUAUUUGGAAUUCUGUAAGGAAGAGUAUGUUUUCCUUCUGUGGGUGAUUUUUAAAAAUAAUUUAAAAAACCACUUAAGUAUGAAUUACUUUUGUAAGGAAGAAAACGCAAGACACAUGAUCUAAAAACUGUUUUUUUCUUUUAUUUUGUAUCUAUGUGAGAUGAUGGAUGUUCGCUUAUUGUGGUGAUCACUUCCUGAUAUACAUAAGUCAUUGUGCUGCACACCUUAAACUUACACAGUGCUGUAUGCCAACUAUAUCACU